AUGGCAGAGACAGCAGGCGUCACAGCAGCAGUGCUGAAGGAGAAGAUUAUGCAGACCUUAGCGGCAGUCCAUGUCGACAUCGAAGAUAUGUCUGGUGGCUGCGGACAAGCCUACUCUGCCAUAAUAGUAUCACCACAAUUCGAGAAGAAGACAACGCUCGCCAGACACCGGCUUGUUAAUACAGCGUUGAAAGCCGAGGUUGCUGCUAUCCAUGCUUGGACCCCGAAGUGCUAUACGCCGGAGCAAUGGGAGAAAUUGAAAUCGGAAGAGAAGGCUCAGGUUACGCCGGGCAAGGAGACAACAGGCGGGGUGGUGAAUGGUACAACGGCUUGA